GCCCCGGACAGCUGAGGGGGUAAACAGGGCAGGGGGGCACGGCCGGGGCCUAGGCCGGCCCGCACCUCAGGGCCCUCCCGGAGCCCCGGGGACGGUGCCCGCCACCUGCGGGAUCCCUCCUGGCUUCCCCUCCCCCUUCCUCCUCUCGGUCCCGCUCUCCCCCCCCGCAUGGAUGGAGCCUCGCAACUUCCAGUGCCCGCUGCGCCCGGGAGGCCUGACAGGUAAUUAAAUGCCCUUGGUGAGGACUGUGGCUCUGUUGGCAUGCUUGGAUCCACAGCAACUCUUCCAAUAGCUCCUUUUUGUCUGCCCCAUUGCAAGAAGAUGGCAAAAGCAAACAUCACCAGAGACAUCAUCCACAGGCAGAUCAAGGAGAGGGGUGCUCUGGGCUUCGAGCGACACUAUCAUGUCACUGAUCCCUUCAUCCGACGCCUGGGCCUGGAAGCAGAAUUGCAGGGUCACUCUGGGUGUGUCAACUGUCUGGAAUGGAAUGAAAAAGGAGAUUUGUUGGCCUCUGGCUCUGAUGACCAACAUACCAUUGUCUGGGAUCCUCUGCACCACAAGAAACUGCUUUCUAUGCACACAGGACAUACUGCAAACAUCUUUUCUGUCAAGUUCUUGCCGCACUCGGGGGAUCGGAUCCUCAUCACAGGAGCUGCAGAUUCCAAGGUGCACGUCCAUGACUUGACUGUCAAGGAGACCAUCCACAUGUUUGGAGAUCACACCAACAGAGUUAAGAGGAUUGCCACGGCUCCCAUGUGGCCCAACACCUUCUGGAGUGCAGCAGAAGAUGGGCUAAUCAGGCAGUACGACCUGCGGGAGAACAGCAAACGCUCCGAGGUGCUGAUCGACCUGACCGAGUACUGCGGGCAGCUGGUGGAGGCCAAGUGCCUGACAGUCAAUCCCCAGGACAACAACUACCUGGCAGUGGGGGCAAGUGGGCCCUUCGUGAGGCUCUAUGACAUCCGCAUGAUCCACAACCACCGGAAAAGCAUGAAGCAGAGUCCUUCAGCUGGAGUGCACACGUUCUGUGACCGCCAGAAGCCCCUCCCAGAUGGUGCAGCACAGUACUACGUGGCAGGGCACCUUCCAGUGAAGCUUCCAGACUACAACAACAGGCUGAGGGUGCUGGUGGCCACAUAUGUCACCUUCAGCCCUGAUGGCACAGAGCUCUUAGUCAACAUGGGAGGGGAACAGGUCUAUUUGUUUGAUCUGACAUACAAACAGCGACCGUACACUUUUCUCCUCCCCAAGAAGUGCCACACCUCAGGGGAAGUGCAGAAUGGCAAGACCUCCACCAAUGGAGUGUCCAAUGGCAUCCACCUCCACAGCAACGGCUUCCGCCUGGCUGAGGGGAGAGCACACGUGAGUCCCCAGGUGGAGUUACCUCCCUAUCUGGAGAGAAUCAAGCAGCAAGCCAACGAGGCCUUUGCUUGCCAGCUGUGGACCCAAGCCAUCCAGCUGUACAGCAAGGCAGUGCAGAAGGCCCCCAACAAUGCCAUGCUCUACGGGAACAGGGCCGCCGCCUACAUGAAGCGCAAGUGGGACGGGGACCAUUACGAUGCUUUAAGAGACUGCUUGAAGGCCAUCUCCUUGAAUCCAUGCCACCUGAAGGCCCACUUCCGUCUUGCCCGUUGUCUCUUUGAACUCAAGUACGUGGCAGAAGCUCUGGAAUGUCUGGAUGACUUUAAAGGGAAGUUCCCAGAACAAGCACAUAGCAGUGCCUGCGAUGCCCUGGACAGGGACAUCAACGCAGCCCUUUUCUCCAAGAGCGAUAACGCUGAAGACAAGAAAGGAGGUGGCCCCAUCCGGCUGCGAGCCCCGGGCCGCAAGGAUUCCAUCUCGGAGGACGAGAUGGUGCUGAGGGAGCGCAGCUACGACUACAAGUUCCGAUAUUGUGGCCACUGUAACACUACUACAGACAUCAAAGAGGCCAAUUUCUUUGGCAGCAAUGCACAGUACAUAGUCAGCGGGUCAGACGAUGGCUCCUUCUUCAUCUGGGAGAAAGAAACCACCAACCUCGUUAGAGUGCUGCAGGGAGAUGAGUCCAUUGUGAAUUGUCUCCAGCCCCAUCCCAGUUACUGCUUCCUGGCCACCAGUGGCAUUGACCCCGUCGUAAGACUGUGGAACCCUAGGCCAGAGAGUGAAACACUCAAUGGCCGCGUGGUCGUGGACAUGGAAGGUGCUUCCCAAGCCAACCAGCGCCGGAUGAACGCGGACCCGCUGGAGGUGAUGUUGCUGAACAUGGGGUACAGGAUUACAGGACUGACCAGUGGUGGGGCUGGAGGCUCAGAUGAUGAAGACAGCUCAGAGGGGCAAGUCCAAUGCCGGCCCAGCUAAAACAGAACUGCCUCUCCUUCCUCUAGUUGUUUGGCUGAAAGGGAACCUAGUUUCCUUGGUCCAGAACUUUCUCUGAUGAAUGGCUGCACUGUUUCGCACUAUGCACAGAGCAGGACAAGCUGGCAGGGGCAGGAGCAACCAUCUCUAAACCAUCACCACCACCUCCUCCUUCUCCCGUCACGCUCCCGAGCAGCAUGGCAGUGCAGUCUGGGGUUUGCCUUUAGUGGAAUUUAGUCCCAAAAGGGGUCUUUGAGUUGUCUGUAAGCAGUGUAAGGUGGUGAUUUUUUUUUCCCAGAGCUGCUGUAUGAUCUGGUACAGGGGGACGUUGCAUUUGCAGAGGGGGGUUGUUAAAUUCCUGAAUAAAACACAAACCUAGGGCAGGGUUUAUGGAAUGAAUUUCACUGCAGUGAUCUCGGUCUUAGAAGCUGGAUUCUGCUUUUGUGCUGCUUAGUGGCCCCUGGUUUAGGGUUGUUGGCCACGAAACACCUGCUUUGACCCAUAACAUUUUUCUUCUGGCUUCCAUCUCUUAACACGUUGUCAUCAGAUGUAGCAAUGUUCUAUUAUGGACUGGAUAUUACCUGUCUUGUCCCUGGGCAUCUGUCUUAGUUGAUCAAUCAGUGAAGGCAUCAAGUAUUUGCAGCUCAAUGGGGCAGGAUGUGCUUGCCCACCUCUGAUACUUUCUUCUGUGGUCUGUGGACCCGUGGAGAAAGGUGACAGUGAUGGGAGCAGGUUUGGUCAGAGGCCUGGGAUUCAUGUAGCUAAAGCUGCUGAGGAGAGGGGCUGGUAACAGCACUUUUCCAGAGCUUCUCUCUCUCUCUCUCUGUUGCCCAAACUGUGUGUAGCUCUGUUCACCUUCUCCUCUCCACCUGUGCUGGAGCUGGGAACCUUGCCACCGUGGAGCUGUUGCAGCUCAAGUUUUGAGCUCUUAAACAGCCACAUUUCUGUGCAGUCAGCUGCUCUGUCUCAGCCAAGGCGGCCUCCUCCACCUCCUUGGUGCAGCAUCUGAUGGAUUAGUGGCCCUCUCAGGAACCCUCCUUCCUCUUCCUGCUCUCCACACGCUGAUUCCAGCUGCACAGGAGCACACCUGGAAAGGCAGCACUGAACUUCCAUCCCUCCCCCUCUCCUGUAACCCCCCAGCCCAUGGUUUUCCCUCUGGCAGUGGCCAAACACUAAACAGCAAGUAGAUCUUACACAGCUGUGCUACAACCGACUCCAAAGAGGUUGGUGGGUUUUUUUCUAGGACUAUCAACUAAGACCAAAGAUCCCCUGGAGAUCUUGAACUGCCCUGUGCUGUCUUGUAUCUCUAACUGCUGAAGGUCUGGACAUGCUGGCAUGGGUCCCAGGGGUGUGAGAUGCGUGUCUGGGAGCACAUGUGUACGUGUGUGUGCUGCAUCAGGGCUGUUCUUCCAUGUGGUGCAAUCCCUGGUCUUCCUGCUUUGGAAAGAUGAGAGGCCUCCCUUUCCUCCUCUGGCUGCCAGGCGUUGGUGAGAGAGGCUGCUCAGUGCUGGCUGAUCAAGGGAACUGGCUUCCUCUGCCUUCCAGAACAGUCUGUGCAAGAGCCCUGUGCAGGGAGGGAGGGAGGUCACAGAGGCUGACAGCCAGCAGUGUCCCUCCAAGGACACAGUUCCCUGCAUGGAGAGAUCCCCCGUGCCCCCCUGGCCGUGGUGGUGGAGCUAACUGGGACCUCUUCCCCUCACACCAAGAUCACCCUCUGCUCUCACAGCUGGGUGACACCAAGCCUUAGCAAACCCCAGUCUUGCGGGAGCACGUCCCUCACUGCUCUGAAACAUCUGGUUGUCCUGGUGCUCAGUUGGCCUGGGGUGGCAGAUUCCUUUCCUCCUGCUGAAGCAGAGCUCUCCUGGGACAUGUUGGCUCCUUUUCAGGCAGCAGCAGCAGCACAGCAGACACAACUGCUUGCUCAGUUUACCUCUUUGGUUGUGUACCAGCUCCCCAAGUGGACCCCAGCCCUCAAUGCUCUUCAAAACCCAGAGGCAACAGAAAAUCCUUCUCACUUGGGUGGCUUUUUGACAUGCUCUGGCCUUUUCUUUUGCUUAAGGCUUUUCUACUACGUGCAUCCUCUUCCCUCCCCCCCCUUCCCUUCUCCUCCCACUCAAACUUUUUUUUUUUCAGCUUUCAGUAGACAAAUGUCUGCAGACUUUGAUUUUUUAAACUGAGAGACUGAGAUGGAAAGCUCUGAAGAGAACAGACCUCUCCCUCCCCAUUCACCUUUUUGCUGUGGCAGCUAUUUAUUGUUUUGUGUCGGGGUUGUUUUUUUUUACCUUGGUGAGACAGUGCAGCUCUUUUACCUGCCAGUUGCAGUGAGAAAGCUGCACAAUUCCCUGCCUCUGCAGUGGGUUGCUUUUUUUCUAAUGGCUGCUUUGGUUAAAAAAAAAAAAAAAGAUAACUAAUAAUGGGUGAGAAGGGGAUAGAAAAAAACCCAACAACCACCUUUCUGCCUCUGGCCCCUUUUCUCCUCGUGGUGGGCAGAUCACCUGCUUGUUAAUGAGGAAUUUGUAUUUAUUGGUGAAGAGAAAAAACAAAAAACAUGCUGGGGAAGUAGGGAGAAGAUGUUGCUUUAUUGACCUCUGCUGUUUACUUCAACCCCCUCUUUGGGAAAGCUUCUUCCUGCUCUUUCUGGUUAACUCUUUCUACCCUGGGAUGUGCAGGGAUGCCUCCUUUAUUUUUGUGUUCUGGCAAUGGGCUCUCCUUUAGGAGACUCUCCUAGUGUUGCAGUGACCAUUGCUUCUUGCUUUUUUCAAGUCCUAAAGAUGAUCAUCUCAUGAACUUUGCCCCUGCAGUUGUAGAAGUAACACACAAGCCUUACUGCCCUCAUUAGAAGGAGCAGAAAACUUGUUUCUCUGGUCUCUGGAAGAGGAAAAAAAAGGGUUAAGCAAUUAAACAAGUCUUUGUUCUA